AUGGCUGAAAGAAUGAUCCUCAGUUUCGUGGUGGAUGCAACUCUGUCCAGGGUGGCUUCGCUCAUCACUAAUGAAGUCACUGGUGCUUGGAAUCUGAAGGACGACUUGAAAGGACUUCAAGAUACCCUCAAUACAAUUCGUGAUGUGCUGCAGGAUGCGGAGGACCAACAAAAUGAGAGUGUGUCUGUGAAGCGUUGGCUGAAGAAGCUCAAACGUGUAGCUUAUGAUGCUGAAGACGUGUUUGAUGAGUUAGCGUACGAGGAUCUUCGACGACAGGUUGAGAUGCAAAACCAACUUGGAAGUGAGGUACGCAGCCUUUUUUCAUUCUCUAAAGGCACUCGUUAUGUCAAAAAGGCUGCAUUGCAUGUCAAAAUGGCCCACAAAGUCAGGAAAAUAAAUGAGUCGUUGAAUAAGAUUAAGAAUGAAGCUAUGGUUUUUGGGCUUCAAGUCCUAACUACAGAUAGAACAAUUCCUCCAGUCGACUUGGAUCGGCUGACAGACUCGUUCCUUGACCACCCAGUUGUGGGGAGGAAAGCUGAUGUCUCUCAAAUUUUAAACUUGCUGAAUUGUUCAUGGGAUCAACAAGUUCUUACCGUUGUUCCCAUAGUGGGCAUGGCCGGUCUCGGAAAGACAACCUUAGCUAAACUAGUGUGUCAAGAAGGAAUAGGAAAAAAGCUUUUCGAUCUUAAAAUAUGGGUUUGUGUCUCUUUUAAAUUUGAUGACCAAAGAAUUUUACGAGAAAUGCUGCAAACUCUCAAUGCAAAAAUGGGAGGAUUGACCAACAAAGAUGCAGUACUUCAAGAGCUUGGAAAGGAGUUGGAGGGAAAAAAAUUCCUUCUUGUUCUUGAUGACGUGUGGAAGGAGGGGAAUGAGGUAUCCAAGAGGUGGGAUGAUCUAAAGAUUCGUUUGGUAGGAAUUAGCAGAAACAAUGGAAAUGCUAUUGUUGUCACAACUCGCAGCGCGGAAGUGGCAUCAAUAGUGGAGACUUCUACUCAUUGCAGACAUACACUGAAUUUGUUGUCUGUUGAUGAAUGUUGGUCCAUUCUUAAGGAAAGGGCAUUUGGGAGUGGAACAACAUCAAUCCCCUCAGAAUUGGAAGGCAUUGGAAAGGAGAUUGCAAAAAUAUGUGGAGGAGUGCCAUUAGCUGCAAAAGUUUUAGGUGGGAUGAUGGGUUUUAAAAGGGAUAAGGAUGCAUGGUUGUCAAUUCAAAAUGAUAAUGUCUUGAAUGCAUCAUAUAAGAAGGAAAAUGUCGAGUCUUUGCUAAAACUAAGUUUUGAUCACUUGCCUUCAUACCUGAAGUCAUGUUUUGCAUACUGUUCAAUUUUCCCAAAAGAUUUUAAGAUUGUAAAAGAAGAAUUAAUUCAGCUUUCGAUGGCUGAAGGUCUUCUUGGGACAUCUAAUGCAGAUGAGGGCAACGUGUAUUUUAAUGCCUUGCUUCAGAAUUCCUUUUUCCAAGAUGUGGAAAGGGACGAAUUUGGGAAUAUUAGAGCAUGCAAGAUGCAUGACCUUGUGCAUGAUCUCGCAUUGUCUCUUUCAAAGUCUGAAACAUUGACGUUGGAAAAUUAUUCAGCUGGUGAUGACAUAUUUUCCACUCGACAUCUAUAUGUAGAUCAUCAAAAUGCAACAACUUUAAUGGAAUUUUUAAAAGGGGGUGCUAAGAAGUUGCGUAAUUUAUUCGUAAAGAACACCGUAUUUGAUGGGUCUUGGAGGUUGAAAAGGUUGCAAACUCUAAAUUUGGUAGAUGCUAAUAUUGAAAAUUUGCCAUCUUCCAUUGGCAAGUUGAAACAUUUGAGAUAUCUUGACAUAUCAAGGACUAAAAUCAAAGUGUUGCCUGAAUCAAUCACCGAGCUUUACAGUUUGCAAACACUGAGAUUCCUUCAAUGCUGGUCACUUGAAAAUUUUCCUAGAAAUAAAAUUUGCAAUCUGAUCAACUUGAGGCAUAUUGAUUUUGAUGAUGGGUAUCAUAUGCCAUCUAAGGUGGGGCGGUUAACAUGUCUCCAAACACUGUCAUUAUUUGUUGUGGGCCCAGAUACUGGAGGUAACAUUCAAGAACUAGAAUGCUUAAACCAGCUAAGAGGGGAGUUGACAAUAACUCAUCUUGAGAAGGUGAGAGACAAAGAAGAAGCAAAGAAAUCGAAUCUACGGGGGAAAAUGAAAUUAAAAGCCCUGCAAUUUGUAUGGAGUGAAUAUGGAAGAAAAGGCAUCAGCAACAAUGAUGAGGAAGUGUUGGAAGAUCUUGAGCCUCACCCAAACAUAGGGAGAAUAAACAUAAAAAAUUAUUUGGGUGAAAAGUUCCCGCCGUGGCUGUGUACGAUGAAAACUCUGAUUGAAGGUGAUUCUUACACUGUAUUCAAUAAUUUGGUAGAACUUCAAUUGGCGCACUGUAAGUGGUGUGAAGAAUUCCCCAGGCUUGGACGUCUUCCUCGUCUUGAAGUACUUAUUAUAUAUGGAAUGAAUAAGAUAAGAUGUAUAGGGAAUGAAUUCUAUGGUAUUGACAGUGGAAGCACAAGAAAUGGAGGGAGACCGUUUCCAGCAUUAAAGCGUUUGUCUUUUCAUGAUAUGUGCAGUCUAGUUGAGUGGAAGACACCAGUAGAUGAAGGGGGUGAAUCAUUGAAGAGGGCAGAAGAUCAUGCUGACUUAUGUGCAGAAGCUGCAGAUCUAUUUGCAAAUCUUGAGGUAGCUAUGGAAUUUCAGGAAGAAAAAAUGUCAGAAGAUGGCCCUUCAGUAAUACUUUAUGAGAGAUUGCAAGCUGCAAGCAUGUCUUUGGAGCCAUCAACUUUUUACGAAGUGAAAGACAAAAAAAGCUUUGGAGAUUGA